ACGCGACUCUGCGCUUCUUCUCCCUUUUUCUAUCUAAAACCUCCCCCACACUUCCUCUCCCUCGAAACCCUAAAUUCGCUGCCCAUCCUCUCCCCCCACUCCGGUUUCUUACGAUGAAGCUUCGCUCUCGGCGUUCUAGGCAUUCCAUGAAUGCUGGAGAAGGGAGUUCGCAUCAAGAAAGGAGCUCUGAUGAGGAUAGUUUUAGCAUUGAUUCUUCUGAUUCUGAAUAUCUUGCCAGCGAAGAUGAAGUCAUUGUCAAGAUUCUGGAAGAGAGCUUAUUGAAAGGCUUCCAUGUAAAUGACAGUGAUGGUGAGUCAGACUUUGGUGACAAUUCGUUCAAGGCUUCAAAGCGGAGGAGGAAGGCCGGGCCUUCAAAAAAGAGGUCAGAAAAGGGCGCGGGCUUUGGGGAAGAAAAAAUGCAGAAUGAAAAGGCGGCGGGUGAUAGGAAGCGUGCCAUCAGAGGGCCUCAUUCAAAUAAUCCUGAUUUCAUUGAAUUGCUGGACAGGAUAAGUAAAAGGAAGGAGAAAAGUUUAAAGAGGAGAAAGAACAGACCGAUACUGAUGUGGGAAGUAUGGGAAGAUGAAAAUGAUCAGUGGCUUGUGGAUAACUUCGCAACUGCUGCUGUGGAUAACCAGAAUGAGAUGGUGUUUGAAGUGGCUGAUGCACCUGCGGAAUUGACAAUGCCACUUUUGAGAUACCAAAAGGAGUGGUUGGCAUGGGCUUUAAAACAAGAAGAAUCUUUUUCUAAAGGGGGUAUUCUAGCCGAUGAAAUGGGGAUGGGGAAGACUGUACAAGCAAUAGCACUGGUGCUGGCUAAGCGUGAGCUCAAGAGAGCUGUUGGUGAACAUAGUUUGCUUUCUUUUCCUCCUACGUCUCAUCAAGAUUUGCCAGCAAUCAAAGGUACUCUUGUGAUAUGUCCAUUGGUUGCUGUGAUGCAGUGGGUUAGUGAGAUUGAUCGUUUCACCAAGAAGGGCAGCUGUAAGGUGCUAGUUUAUCAUGGAUCAAAUAGGGCAAAAAACAUAGAGAGACUUUCUGAAUAUGACUUUGUUAUUACAACGUACUCCACUGUUGAGGCCGAUUAUAGGAAAAAUAUGAUGCCUCCAAAACAGGAAUGCGAGUGGUGUGGAAAAGCUUACAGUGACCAAAGUAUGAUUGUUCACCAGAGAUAUUUCUGUGGGCCAGAUGCUGUUAAAACUGCUAAACAGUCAAAGCAACAGAAAAAGAAACACAGUUUUGGGAUAAAAUUGUCAUUGGACAUACAAAAAUCUGAUACAGGCAAGGAUGAGCAGAACAAUGGCUGUGAGCGCAAUGCAAGGAAAAGAGGCCGCAAAAAGGGCAUUAAAAGUAAGAACAUUGGCAAUGAAUCCAACAAUGACUGUCUUGUGGAGGGCAUAGAAGAUGAAGAUCAAAACAUCUCUGGGAAAAAAUCAAUUUUACAUUCUGUUAACUGGGAUCGCAUAAUUUUAGAUGAGGCCCAUUAUGUAAAAGAUAGACGCUCUAACACUACAAGGGCUGUCCUUUCUUUAGUGUCUUCCUACAAGUGGGCCUUGAGUGGCACCCCCCUUCAGAACCGUGUUGGAGAGUUGUACUCACUGGUCCGGUUUCUUCAGAUGGUUCCUUAUUCUUAUUACUUUUGUAAAGAUUGUGAUUGUAGAUCGCUUGAUUUUAGUUCUUCAACUGAUUGCCCACAUUGCCCUCAUAAAUCUGUGCGACACUUUUGUUGGUGGAAUAGGAAUAUUGCCUCACCAAUACAAGCUCACGGAAAUUCUUUGGAUGGCAAAGAUGCUAUGAUAUUGUUAAAAAAUAAAAUUCUCAAAAGCGUUCUACUAAGACGUACCAAAAAAGGCAGGGCUGCUGAUCUUGCACUCCCCCCAAGGAUUGUGACACUGAGGAGGGAUUCUCUAGAUGUCAAAGAAGAAGAUUACUACACAUCUCUAUAUAAUGAGAGUCAAGCUCAAUUUAACACAUAUGUUCAGCAGGGAACUUUGAUGAAUAACUAUGCCCACAUUUUUGAACUUCUUACCCGCUUACGGCAGGCAGUUGAUCACCCUUACCUUGUUGUAUACUCUACCACUGCUAUGGAAAGACGUGCAGAUGCUCUAGCUGCUGAAAAUGCUGAACAAACAUGUGGUCUAUGUCAUGAUAUAGUAGAAGAUCCUGUGGUUACAUCAUGCGCGCAUACUUUUUGUAGAUCUUGUUUGGUGGAGUUUUCUGCUAGCACUGCACAACAUUUAUGCCCUUCCUGCUCCAAACCGCUCACAGUGGACCUGUCUUCUACUAGUAGUAAAGGAGAUACAAAUACCAAAACAACAAUCAAAGGAUUUAGGGCCUCCAGUAUACUGAAUAGAGUUUGUUUGGAUGAAUUCCAGACCAGUACAAAAAUAGAUGCCUUGAGGGAAGAAAUAAGAUGUAUGGUGGAAAGAGAUGGUUCUGCAAAAGGAAUAGUUUUCAGCCAAUUCACUUCAUUUUUGGAUUUGAUAAACUAUUCUCUGAACAAAUCGGGGGUGAACUGUGUCCAGCUGGUGGGGUCAAUGUCUAUGGCUACCAGAGAAGCUGCUAUAAGUAAAUUCACAAAUGACCCGGAGUGCAGAAUAUUCCUCAUGAGUUUGAAAGCCGGAGGAGUUGCUUUAAACCUGACCGUUGCAUCACAUGUUUUCUUGAUGGACCCAUGGUGGAAUCCAGCGGUGGAAAGGCAAGCUCAAGAUAGAAUCCAUCGGAUAGGACAAUAUAAACCUAUAAGAAUAGUAAGAUUUGUGAUUGGGAACACCGUUGAGGAAAGGAUCUUGAAGUUGCAAGAGAAGAAGGAACUCGUUUUCGAAGGGACGGUUGGUGGGUCAGCAGAUGCACUUGGAAAGCUAUCAGAGGCGGACUUGAAAUUCCUGUUUGUAACUUGAUGCAGCAAAUCCGAUGAUUAACCAAGAAUUAGCUUAUUAUAUAGUAGUAGUAAUGACAUAACUGCAUAGUGUUAGUAGAUGGGGCAAUAAGAACAAUCAACUGUAAUGGGUUUCGUUUUUGUCAGCAGUAGUUUUUGUACUUGAAAUGUAAUCCAAACAAAGGAAUUUGAAAUGUAAUCCAAACAAAGGAAUGUAGUCUAUGGAUGGAUUGUAAGGAGCUGAUUAGUAGUAAAGCUUAUCUCAAUUGAACUGAAUUUAGUGGGUACAUAAUUGAAAUUCAGUGAAGUGUAUUUUGAUCCUGAACUUAAUUAAGCAUUUAGUCGGUA